AUGUCGCUCCUAAAGUAUGUCAAUAGAUCUCUGAAGUGUUCUUCUCUGAGGACAGCAGAAUAUUUCAAAGUUCGUCCAGCGGAAUUCCCUCAGACAUGUGCAUACUCGAGUGAUUCUCUAUCGGAAACCGACCAGCCAAAGCCAAAGCCAAAAAAGAAAGCCAGAAAAUCGUCUCCAACAAAACCUAAAAAGGUAAAUCCCAAAACUGAAACUAUUAAAAUUGAAACCAAAUCCACUGAAGUUCUACAAGUGCAGCCGCCGUCUUUCCCAUUGGAAGGUGUACAAUUGAUAAAUCACCAUGGCGAUGAUAAUAUCCCAAAAAAUCAUCCCAGUGUUGAGAGAGUUGACUCAGCAAAUGGUAGUCGUUAUUAUGUCAUUGAGAACAGUGAGGGAUCGUUCCGUUUCCCCAGUGUGACCACGAUACUAGAGGCCACUCAACCACCGGAUAUGUACUUUAGACUCCUCAACUGGCGGAAGGGUUUGGUGAAGGAACACGGGGAGAGCAAGUCCAUCGAUAUUGCACAAGGAAUCAAACAAUCAGGGAAAAACUUCCACAAGGUAAUAGAACAGGCUCUACUGGACAGUGCUACAAAGGAUCUCAUUUCCAUCACACCUCAUGUGAGGGAUAAGACAAUGUCCACUGCACAACAGAGAGACACUAACACACUGCAGACCUAUGUACCACCAGCAUACAAGUCACUACAGAGUAUCCCUAUUCCAGCCAGGAGCAUCAAACCAUUAGUGAACACUGAAACUAUUGCUCUUGGAGAUGAAAUUGUAGAGGAUGUUGAAACUGAAUCAUUGGCACUUAGCUCUGCUGAAGACUCCACUGAUGUCUGUAUAGAUGAUUCAAUCACUGUUAAUGAAGAGAGGGGCACUCUUGUCUCUGAUGCUAACAUUGAGGAAGACACUCCACCAGUUGUGAGCGCUAAUGAUGGUUAUAUGAAGAGCGUUGAACAUGUUCUGAGUGAUAUUGGGAAUGUGUGUGCUCUAGAGAGCUUAGUGACUCACAUGGAGCUCGGCUACACUGGCACAUUCGACUGCCUCGCUGAGUACAGAGGUGCCCUGAGUGUGAUAGACUGGAAGACCUCAAGCAAACCCAAACCCAACCUCUCUGACUGCUUCACCUACCCCCUCCAGGCAGCAGCCUAUGCUGGAGCCAUCAACCAAGACCCUCACUACCCCUAUCAGGUGAUGAAUGCUCUCAUUGUGGUGGUGUACCCUAAUGGAGAUCCAUGCCACGCCCACUUCCUGUCACAUGACCAGCUGCUCUCAUACUGGGCCGAGUGGUUGGAGCGAUUAGAACAUUAUCAAACACAAUUUGCCAGAGAUUUGUCACAAUUGAGUAUUCACAAUUGAUGCCUUGUAUUUUAAUAUCCAUGCAGCUAUAUUAUGCAGAUUUCAAACAGUGUUUCAUCAAUUAUUGCCUUGUACUAUUGUAUGUUGGUUGUGUUAUUAAUUUUUUAUUAUGAAUAAUGAUGUCACAGAUUAAUAAUUAUGCUAAUAGCCCAUGCUCUGUGGAUACAGUUCAUUGA